AUGUCCUCCCUCAAUUCCUCUCUCUUCCAUCAAAACCCUUCUUCCAAGUACAAUCACCCAAAGGCCUGGAUUCCGUCGUACGGAGAUAAGGAAUAUUGGGAUGAUCGAUAUCAAAAAAUGUCGGAACCCUUUGAUUGGUUUCAAACGUAUGAUCGACUCAAAUUUUACCUUUCAAAAUACAUCAAAUCCAAAGAUUCUUCGGGAUUGAAUGUUGGAUGCGGAACCUCACCUUUGCCGUUUGAUAUGCAUCGAGAUGGUUAUAAGAGAGUAACUUCUAUUGAUUAUUCGGAAGCAGCGAUUGAGGCUAUGAGGAGGCAAAACACUAGUCCUGAUUUGGAAUUUCUGACGAUGGAUGCCAAAAGAACCAAUUUUCCGUCGUGGUAUUUUGAUUAUGCAAUUGAUAAAGGCUGUUUUGAGUUCAAUGGAAUAUACUUCAUGGUGUCACAUACUCCUCCUUCACUAAGACUGCCCAUGUUUCAAGUUGAGGAUUUCCAAUGGGAUGUAAAGGUUGAAAAAAUAUCUAAGGAAAACUUUUCUGCAAUUCCCAAUACUGAAGAAUCUAACUAUCAUUAUAUUUAUAUCUGUAAAAAGAAAGAGUUAAAGUAA